UAGCCUACUCAAUAUAUUAACCUCAACCACCAAAAGUCAUAAGUUUCCAAAAAGCAUACUUCACACAUGUCUAUCAAUCAAACAAAGCAGCCUCCACCAUUGAAAUUCACAUUGCAUACAUCCAAAUUUCCAAACACUACCCAUCACCAUAUAUUUCCUAAUCUUAUCAUACCAUAUCAUACAUCUAACCUCUGAAAAACCCACUCAAACUUACCAAUAAUCUAAUCAACACCAAACACAAACAAACAAACGCAAAAAACGUCAACCACACGAAACCUCCUCAUAAUUCCUUCCCCUCCCUAAAACCAUUCUAUAUUUCCUUCUCUCACCUCACCUCACAACAACACUUCCACUCUCACCUUUCUCCAAAACAUUAUCAUAAUUCUUCUUCUUUAUUCAUAUUUUUCAUCUAUCACACUACUACACUUCACACUCUCAACAUCAUGUCGGUUAAGGAGUGCGAUCACCACAAAGGAAGAAAAAGAAUACUCUUCCAAAGAAUAUUUUGGGGAAUCAUAGUGUUCCUUUUCUUAGUUUUACUUACAAUUCUCCUCAUAUGGGCAAUCCUAAGACCCACAAAACCAACCUUCAUCCUCUCCGACAUAACCGUCUCCGCCUUCAACACAACGCAACCGAAUCUCCUAACGACCAAUUUCCAAAUAACACUAAUGUCAAGAAAUCCCAACGACCACAUCGGCGUCUACUACGACCGUCUCGACACCUACGUCACCUACCGUAGCCAGCAGAUCACUUACAGAACCUCCAUACCACCUUCCUACCAAGGUCACAAAGAAGUCGACGUUUGGUCGCCGGCGGUUUACGGCACCGAAGUUCCCGUUGCUCCGUUUAACUUUCAGACUCUCUCGCAGGAUCAAUCUAACGGUAAUUUCUUUGCUACCGUUAGAGUUGACGGAAGAGUUCGUUGGAAGGUUGGUACGUUUAUUUCUGGUCAUUAUCAUCUCUAUGUUCGGUGUCCUGCUUAUAUCUCAGUUCGUAACGACGGUAACGGCGUUAACAUGGGAGCUAACGGCGUUUAUAUUGGAGCAAACGUCGUUAAGUAUCAGAUGGAUCAACGUUGCUCUGUUAGCCUUUGAAAGUAAACUAUUACUGUCUGAUUUAAUUUCUCUCUUUAUAUUUUCUUGUAUUGUAUUUUAUACGUAUCUGUAUAAUAGUAUAUUCUAUAGUUCUAUAUGUAUAAUUGUGUAUUUGAACUUUUACAAAAAAAAAAUAUGAGAGAUGAGAAGGUAUAGAAGAGUUACAUGUUGUACUUGUAAUAACAUAUGCCAAUAAUAUAAUUGAACCGCAAGGUUAAUAAAUUAAGUUGUUUCUUUA